AUGGGUUCAGUCGAUCGUCCAGAGCCUCUCCGUCUUGGGAGCAUCGCUCCUAACUUCGAUGCCGAGACCACCAAUGGCCCGAUCAACUUCCACGAGUUCAUCGGCGACAACUGGGUGAUCCUCUUCUCUCACCCGGAAGACUACACCCCAGUGUGCACAACGGAGCUGGGUGCGUUCGCGAAGCUCGAGCCAGAGUUCAACAAACGCGGCGUCAAGUUGAUUGGCCUGUCUGCCAACACGAUUGAGAGCCACGGCGGCUGGAUUAAGGAUAUUGAUGAGAUCUCGGGUAGCAAGCUUGCUUUCCCGAUCAUUGGAGACAAGGAGAGGCAGGUUGCGCUCUUGUACGACAUGAUCGAUCAUCAGGAUGCGACGAACGUCAACGAGAAGGGCAUUGCCUUCACCAUCCGCUCGGUCUUCGUUAUCGACCCCAAGAAGACCAUCCGUACCAUCCUCUCCUAUCCCGCUUCCACUGGCCGCAACACCGCUGAGGUCCUCCGCAUCGUCGACUCACUCCAGACUGGUGACAAGCACAAGGUUACCACACCGAUAAACUGGGUCCCGGGUGACGACGUGAUCGUUCAUCCGUCGAUCAAGAACGAUCAGGCGAAGGAGAUGUUCCCGAACUUCAGGAUCGUUAAGCCGUAUCUACGGUUCACUCCUCUCCCCAAGGAGGAAACCAGCGCGGCUGUUUAA